AUCCUCCAAAAUCCUUCUUUAAUUUUCACAGGAUACCCGCCACUGAUGAGCGGAAGCCUGUCUGUGUCCACUGGAAAUCAGAAGCUGCUGGCAUUCUCCAAGUACAUCUAUGAUGGACUGGGAGAGCGCAUCCGCUUCAGACAGUUUGGACUCUAUGACAAUAAGACCUACCACCUUGAUGUGCUUCUACUGUACAGAGAGGGUGUUAUGUACAAAAUAAACAACAAGAACCGCACAUGCACUAAGCAGCAUCUGAGCCCUGACUUCCACCCGCUGGCAGUUCCGAGAAAUGCCACCCUGAUGGGCCAGUUUGUGUUAGGCGCCUCCUCUGGUCCUGGACAGGGAGUCCUGGUCAACAGUUGGUACGGGGAGCAGAAGAUGAAGACGGGAUCAGCCAAGUACUUUACCACCGUCACCCAGUUUGGAUGCAUCCCCGUCAGUACUCUGUACCACACCAGCAGCGGUGACUGGGUGGUCAACAGCUUCUAUAACAAUGUCAUUGGAUUAGUCGAUCCCCAAAAACUCAACCCGCCAUUUUUCUGCAUGAAUGCUGAGCAGGGGGAUGAAGACGAGCCAGUAACAUUUCUCAGCUUGUUUAAAAAAUGAUUUUACAAAUGGUGGUGACAAUGAUGAUGAUGAUGAGUCACUGAAGUGCGUUGCUGCCAUUCAUAAACAAGCUUCAUUUGGUUAAAAUUCAUGCUAAUAUUUAAUCAGAGUAUUUUCAUACAUAUUUUACAUUCAUCAGAUUGAGCAGCGUUUCCUCUAAAAUCUAUUUUUAAUCACACUGUUUCUAUUUUUUAAUAUUUUCCCACAACAGUUUAUUGGUUAAAUUCGUGUUUUAACAUUUAUGUCAUAAGAAAAUAAAAACAAAUUCAGAAAAGUC